AUGAACUGCUGGAUUUUACUCGUGUUAAGUAUUUGUUUUUCGGACAAUUUAAUAAGUGCGUCAGUUGUACCUGAAAGUGAUGAUAUUGACAGUCAAGGGCUUUACAGCAAAUCGGACAAAGUUAUUAUUUUAACAAAUAAAAAUUUCGAUAAAAAAAUUUAUGGGCAAAAAAAUGCAUUUUUAAUACAAUUUUAUAACAGCUAUUGCGGCCACUGCAGAGCAUUUGCACCGAAAUUUAAAAGCUUGGCAAAAGAAUUAGAGCCAUGGAAUCCAAUUAUAAAACUAGCAGUUCUGGAUUGUUCUGUUGAGGAAAAUAACGAAAUAUGCCGACAGUUUGAAGUUAUGGCAUAUCCAUCUUUACGAUACUUGCAUGAAAGCUACAUAAAAGGGAAUGCUAAUGUUGGUGACAAAUUUCAGUCAACUGAUAAUGCUGAAAAAUUAAAAUCUCAGCUAAUUAUUAAAAUGCAAAAAGAACAAUCAAUGGGUCAUUUGUCAUUUGCUCCCUCACUCAGUAUUGGAGCUUAUGCAAAACUUAAUUCAGCCUUGAGUCCAUUAUCUAAUGAUAUUAUUUAUACUUUUCUGGUAUUUGAAAAUGAAAACUCUACUGUAGGCUCUGAACUAGCACUUGAUAUAAAUGAUUAUGAGCAUAUCAAAUUAAAGAGAAUUUAUGAAAACAGUGAACUAGCUGAAAUUACUGGUGUUAAAAAAUUUCCUGGUUUAGUUGCAGUAGGACCAUCUUUAGAGACAACAUUAUUAACUCCUAAUAUUCCAUUUAAGCAGAACUUACUUUUGGAAAUCAACACAUUUUUAAAAUCUAAGAAUUAUAUUUUCCCUAUGCGUAAUAUAAAACAUGAUGAGAGUACACAUUCUUUUUAUGCUGAGAAAGCAGGCUUAGAUUCAGAUAUUGUUUAUUACAGUGACUUAGAAAAAACUUUAAAAACAAGUUUGCAUACUGAAAUAACAAGGCAUAAAACAUUAAGUAAUGAAAUUCUUCAAGCUCUUCUAGACUAUCUUGAUGUUAUAAUUGUAAACUUUCCAUUCAGAGGAAAUGUUAGAGAAUAUAUUGUCAAUUUACAUCAACAACUUAGCACAAAAAGCCAAUGGACUGGAAGUGAAGUAUAUAAUUUAGUAAAAAGACUUGAAACAACUCAUGCACCAGUUUUCUCAUAUGACCUUGAUUAUAUAAAGUGUAAGGGAAGCCAGCCUAUGUUCCGUGGCUAUACAUGUGGUUUAUGGACUUUAUUCCAUACACUGACAGUAAAUGCUGCACAAAAAACAGGCAAUGAAGGCCCCAGAGUAUUAAAAGCUAUGCAUGGUUAUGUCAAACAUUUCUUUGGCUGUACUGAGUGCUCAGAGCAUUUUCAGGCUAUGGCAACAAGAAACCGAAUCUUUGAUGUAAAAGAGAAUGAUAAAGCUGUACUUUGGCUGUGGAUUUCUCAUAAUGAAGUAAAUCUAAGAUUAGCUGGGGAUGUGACUGAAGAUCCUGAACAUCCAAAAAUACAAUUUCCUAGCACCACAAAAUGUCCAGAAUGUAGACUUUCUAGAGGAGCUUGGAAUUUGCCUGCAGUGUAUGAAUAUCUACAGAAAGUGUAUAGUGCAAAUAACAUUCAAAGUACAAGAAUAGCAAGAUCUGCAGCUUCAACAAGUCCUUUUUCCAGUCUGGACAUUGGAAUGCUAAGCUUCCUGUACAUGUAU